CCGUGACCCUCAGUUCCCUGUGAGACUCUGUGCGGUGAGGGUGUCGACGCUCGCGGUGCUGCUGUCUCUCUAGUGCUCCUCCCCCCCUACAGCAUGCCUUGUUCGGCCAUAACGCUGUCCCUGGCGACGAUAUGUGCCGUGGUGUCCGUGGCGCUGCUGGCCAUCGCGUUCGGCACCGACAAUUGGCAGUACAUUAACGUGAACAGGAUCAAAAUAGAGGGCUCCCUCGACCGGUCCGGCAUCUCCCCGCAAGAGUUCGAGGAGAGCGGACUGUACCGGACCCGAACCAAGGGACUCUUCCGGAUCUGCUACCCCGAGAGCAAGCCCAAGGGGGUGGACCUCUACCUGUCGCCCGUCGAGACCUACUGCGAGAACAUCGACUACCACAUCUUCAACGAGGACUCCGACGGCUCCCAGUUCACCGAGGACGAGAUGGUCAGGCUACACAUGGCCCGCUCCAUGAUAGCGCUGUUCAUCGUGUCCUUCUUCUUCGUGUUCGUCGCCUUCUGGACGGGCGUGGCCGGCUGCUGGCGACGCUCUCCCGGCAACAUCGCCUCCACCGCCAUCCUGAUGCUGCUGGCCUGUCUAUUCUCCGCCGGCGGCAUGGGUCUGUGGCACGGCGUGGAGUACUACGAGGAGGAGAAGCUCAAGACAGAGCCGUGGAAGGCUUCCUGGAACGAGAUCUUGCAGGACGCCACCACCAUCCAGUACGACUGGUCUUAUAUGAUCUCCUGGGUCGGCACUGGCAUGGCGCUCAUGGCCUUCUGUCUGUUCCUGGGGGCCUCACAGUGCAUGCAGGGCGAGCAGCAGCGAGAACAGGCUAAGCAGAUGCAAUACAUCAUGCCAGUGUACCCUCAGAAGCAGCAGUACCCAUCUUACGGCUACGGCUACCCCGGCCCCUACCACUACGGCUCCCAGUAUGGCCCCUACAACUACUAGUGGCCCAACACCCCCGCCACACUGGACCAUGAGCCACACCACUACCACCACAAAGCCUGGGUGAGGCUUGGAUAUCCCCAUGCCACACCACCACCACCACUACCACCGCCUCCUGCUAGCCACAAAGCCGCACUAUAAUUUAUUUUCCACAAGUCUCUUUGUCGAGGUUGUGAUUGUCACCUGCUGUUCACCAUGACAACAUGAGGGUCAAUACCAGCUGGAGGUGCCAUAAUAGGAGUGUUAUUACCUCCAUCACUAUCAGAAACCUUCCUCUACACCCUCAAGUCACCAUCACUAUGAAUAAAUAUGGCACAAUCACAAGGGUCUCUGCACUAUUCUAUUCACCAUCAGAGAAAGACUACAGUGAACCUAAAGAAGAAAAUAUGACCCUGAAUCCAGCCAUGAAACCUUUUACCUGAAUCUGAAAAUAAAUGAGAAUGGAAUGGAAAUAAACACUCAACAAAAGGUGAACACAAAAGAAAACCACCAUCUGUAAACACACUCAGGAGGAUCGUCACACCUCACGAAUAAUGGAGACUUGUCACCAGCCAGGGGGAUCAAUACACCUUCAAGAACCAUCAGGGGCCUUGCAUCUGCUAUCAGGAGGGCUGCCACACCUCCUUCUUUCACUACGAGAACAGCCACCCAUUACCAGGAGAGUCACCACAGCUGCCCUCAAAUUCUCACUCACCAGACAGAGUAGUGAAUGAUAGAAUAGCCAAUGAUCAAAAGCUAAAGAAUGGAUGUUUAGACAAUGUUGCUUACAGUCUGGGGCAGAAUUUACUGUCUUGGCUACUGAUACACCUCCACCAGUAUCAGUAAACUUGCUAUUAUUGUUUGGUGGGUCACUAUUGCCUGUCACUGACUAGUUAAGUCUGAUCAUCACAGUCACUGCCACUCCCCACUAACCCCAAAACACUAAUCACCAUCAAAUAGUAACAAAGGGCACCAGGUCACCAUUCCUUCAGUCAUCACACUAAUAAUGCCCAGACCAUUUUAUCAUCAUUCUCCAAGUCAAGAAAAGUCUGACAUUGAACAUAACUCGGGAGGUCUUGUCAUGUCUGGCCUUACACGUGUACAAAGCUCUCACAGUGGCAAGAUAUAUUAUGAUGGUGAUGAGAUACAUUUGUUAUGACAGCAUCAAUAACAACAUGCAUCUCCUGUUAAUGAAGAGUGGGGAUGCUCAAAGGCAGUAGCACUUCAGUGAGCCAAGACACAGAAUAUUGCAUACUGAAAGUGUGUUGUAUAUCCAAUAGUUGAACGUCUGGGACCAAUUACUGAAAAUGAAUAUCAGCCUGGACCACUGUAGGGGAGGGUGUGGGAUUAAAUCUAGUUUUAUAUACAAAACAAGUUGCACAGGAGAGAUUCAAGCAAGUGCAAUGUACAUAUGUAGGACUUACUCGUUUUGCAAUAAUACUCAGAACUUGUAGACAAUCGCAGCAAAACGCAGAAGCAGUCUGUUAAGGGGAGGCUGCUGAGGGGCUGCUGUUGUCUCCUCGGAUGACGCAUGCCAGCCACUGCCGCCGCCUCCCUGCAUGAGAUGAAAUAAAUAUGAGCCCAGUGUUUGUGUGAACAGAGGAGUGUCUGUUUUGUGUUGACACUGCAGCUCUCUUGUUAUAUUUUUGUUUAGGGUAUGUUGUGAGUUUUGUCGUGUUUAGUCCAUCCAGUGCCGCCGCCGCUCCCUCGCCGCGGCCAAAACAUUGUGUUCAUGCUGAGUGGACAAGUUAGUGUUUUCUUUUGGUUUGGCACCAUUUCUAUAAUCUUCACUUCUUCUGACACACUCUAUUAAGACUACCUUCAAGGGAAAGUCAUUGCAGAAGUCAGUAUUUUCAUCUGUUCAUACACUCAUGUUUUGGCAUUUCUUGCUGUUCAUGUACUUUCAUUUAUGUAGUUUCCUACAAAUCACAGUUCACCUCCAUGACCACUAACACGAUGCUGUUUGGGCCACGACAAGGGAGUGACGGCAGCAGCAGACGGGUGUGUAAGUUGUUUAUAACACAAGGUCUUUUUGGAUUUUUUAGAAGAGGAUAUUCUCAGUAUUUCCUUUCCUUAAGCUUUCAUCUCCGUCAUCUCCCAUCCCUCCGUUCCUGACACUCUUGUUGUGGGAAUGAGCACAAGGGAGUCUCUCGCCUUCUAACAGACACUCAGUAAGCGAGACUGAACUACACACUCGAGGCUGUUGUGAGCCGGGUGACACAGUUCUCUCGUGUAUUGACAUUUCACAUCUCAACAAAACACUCGAUCGCUCAAGACUUCACACUUUUUUAUUUUUGUAUGAUGUAAUUUUGUAACUGUAUAAUAACGAUAAUACAUAGUAAUACACUACGAAACUUGGCGAGCCGCGCCGUGAAAGACGUCUAUACUGGUUGUACGUUUCAGACGCUGGCCUGUACAUACGCUGCGUUAGACUCUGCCUCUUAUUUAUUAGGUUAUGUCAUGCUACUAAUCUCUCUCCCUCUCACUUUCCCUCUGGAAUGUUUGUUUUCUUAUGUGACAUGAGAGAAUGUUGUCCUCACUCCAUGGAUGAGUGUGUCUGCCGCAUCCUCCCUGGGAGGCAAACUGGCAGACACUGUUGACAUGUAAUACAUUAGCAUCAAGUGGUGUUCGUGUUCCAUUUUUACUUUAAAAAUUAUGUCGAACAAAUUUGUUAGAUAUUAAUUUAACAAAGAAACACAUGAAUUUGAUAUAUGUUAAAAAACUGCAGAGAUCCCAGAGUUUGACUAAGCUGCCUUGAAGAUUAUCAAUUGUAUGUACUUGUCUUUCAUUGGAAAGACAAGUUAGUCACUGUAAAGUUUUGGGUUAUCUGCCUGAAGCAAAAAAUCUUAACUCGAUCAGAAAGAUAUUCAGGCAUUAUUAUUAUCAGCCUCUGGACUCUUAACAUAAACAGCCAACUUACUGAGAGCACAAAAUUGCUUAUUGAAAUGAGAAUACACAAAGGGUACAUGUAUGAUAAUCAGUGAAAUAUGUCAUGCAUCAGUUGAAUAUAGGAUUACAUCUUUUAAUUUUGCCUUAGAUAAUAAAAAUGUGCCUUAAGCAAUCACAGACUGACUUUGUGAGUCUUCUUGACCUAAGGAGCUCAAGCACUGUGCCUUCCACUGUCCUGAACACUGUACAACACGUUCCCAGAUAUGGAGUGACAUGUUCCCUCAGGCAGGGUUGAUGCCUCCCUUUUGAGGAAGAGAAAACUGUCCAUGUAUACAUAUGAAAUAAAUGUUUUGUAUA